AUGGCACCUAUCGUCGUCGGCUUUGUCGGUUCCGCAGGAACGGUAGGAAAGUCCACUCUCCCUUAUUUACUCGAACAAGACAAAGCAGGUAAAAUCAAACUUGUAAUCUUGCACAGAGAAGGAUCAGACCUCUCCAAGAUCCCUCAAGAGGUAGAGAAGAGGGUAGUACAAUUAGACGAGAAUGGAUCUGAGCAGAACAAAGCUGCCGUUGAAGGUUUGGAAGUCCUCCUAUCGACUAUUGGAGGAGCAGGUAUCAAGUCCCAAAUAUAUCUUGUGGACGCAUUGGAAGGCUCAAAGACUUUGAAGUCUUUCAUUCAUUCAGAUUUUGGAACCAACUGGACUGCUAAAGAACUUGAAGCUCCAGGACUCAGUAUCAUCAAAGUAAAAGAGGAAGUUGUCAAACGUGCCGAAGAAAAGAAAGUACCCCUCACUCAUAUUAGAACCGGCGCCUUCGAUGUAUACUUCUUCAAUUACAACCUUGCAGGUACAGACAUCAAGAAGAAUGUUGUGCAAGUUUUCCGAGAUUCCUUGAAAUACGGAAUCCCAAUAACUUCACUUUCAUUCUUGGGAUAUGCAACCACUCAAUUGAUCCUCAAACCUGCUGAAUUACCCAACCAGAUUCUUCAAGUGUACGAUUUUGAUCCUACUGGUCAAGAGAUCAUUGAUGUACUCACCAAGCUCAAUGGAAAAGCUCCUGAGAUCACACAUUACACAGAAGAAGAGUACCAGAAAGAACUGUUGACCCCCGGAACAGGUGCCAUUGUAGCUGCUAUCAAAGCCAAAUGGGGCUCAAACAAUUUCGGGCCUUCUGAAAAACCAAAGAUCGAUGGUUGGAAGGGACAGUCAUUUGAGGAAUUGACAAAGUCAUAUCUGUAG